GUCGGUGCAUCUGAUGCCAAAGCCGAAAUCGAGCGCCGAGAACUCCCCAGGAUCCAUUCUCUCUGUUCUUGUCCAGGAGGAGAUGGAACUCGAAACAGAGCCGCAGACCGAAUCGGGCGAGGCCUCGCAGUUCGCAGAGCUUUUGGCGAAGUACGACACGGCCUCCUUCGACCCACAAGGCUUGCUUGACUCCGCCGGCCUCAAGGGGGUCCUGCUCUACAACCAGACCUCGAAGGAAGCGGAGGCGUGCAGGAACGUGAAGUGGCUUCUGGCUUCCGACGUCGUCUCCGUACCUCCGAAGAGCCUGGAAGCCUUCCGAAGCUCCAUGGGCGGCUCCGCCACAUCCCCCACAAAGCACACGGGGCAGAGCCUCAGUGGGAGAGAUCUUGAGGCCUUGGAACUCGCCCCAGAAAAGAGUUCACUCUUUGUGGGAUGGACAAGACUCGAGCUCUACCACCGGGCUGGGGCCUAUGAAACGGCCGCGAUGAUUUUCACUUCAGCCUUUGUGUUCCUGGCCUUCUGCAUGCACCUCCUCCGGUCGGACCCGACUCCUACGCCUCCGGUGCUGCUGUUGACCCGACAGUCUUUCACGGGCAUCGCACUUCGAUCUGUUAUGUGGCUCUUCAUCGUCGCCUACUUCAUCGGCAUCGUCUGGGUCCCCCUUAAGGCGAUGGGGAGGGCGAGCGUCUCCACUGGCUUGCCGUGGGAAGCUCACCUCACCUUCUUCAGCUUCAUGAUGGCAUCCCGGCUGCUGGAACUCUUCGUCCAUGCGCUCUGUGGCUUCUCGAAAGAAGUUACCAGCUUGCCGACCAUUCUUAUGAGGGUCUUCUUGGGCUUGCUCGCCGGCGCCGAUGUAUACACGGAUGUGAACUUCAUCAUGAUCGCCUACAUCAGCGGCUGGCCGCUGUGGAUUCUCGCCGCCAUGGUCUUCGUGAUAGGAGUGCUGAUCUUUCAGUUCGCCCUGUACUUUGGCGCGGCCAUCUACUAUCUCUUCAUUAUCUCGAAGACGGAGAAGAAGAACCAGAAGGACACGGAUUGGCAGAACUACGUUUCAGCCCUGCUGAAGCUCCUGCAUUUCGAGUCCUUGAUCGUUGACAUCGAUGAGGUCAAGCUUGACGGCCAGGCAGAGGAGGAGGAGACGGAGGAGCCUGAGAUUGCUCAUGGUGAUGGUGACGGCUCCUUGUCACUGCCUGCCGGAGGUGGGCAUUCGUAUCAGCCGCUAAAGUUACAGCAGGACACAGCGGACUUUGCCGGCGGGCUUGACGCCUUUCGUCAACGCAUUUCGGAGUGCCUGCGUGUCAGGGUCUUCGGUUCUGGGUAUCCGCUUGUCGAUGGCGUGUACAUCGCGACGGCCAGCUGGACAAAUGGAAACCCCGAGUGGAAUCACGUCAACGGCGAGAUGGUGAUUUCGAGCAGGUUCUCCGAGAAUGGGAAAUGGCAACUGCGACGUCUGGAAGAUGAUGAAGCGACUUUUGAGAUGCAGAAGUCGUGGCCUGUGGUGCCGGAGGGCGAGUUCGCUUCGAAGAAGGGUGGCGGGGCACAACGCCCAUACUCAUAUCUGGAGACCAUCGACAUUUUCGGGCUAGAGGCUGCUCUAGUGUCAGCGCCUUCCCUGCGAAGCUCUGAGAGGAAGAUCAAGUCCUACUUGAGGCAAUCUGCCCUUAGCUGGACAACUUUCGAAACAAGCCAUCCCUACUCGGCAGAAGAUGCCGGAAAGCACACAGUCGAGAUACCUUGGGCAAAGAAGCUCUUCGUCGUGCUUUCGACGAAGUCUCGUUGCUUCGACACUUCUACGAAACUCUACGUCUACAGUGGCGGGGAGGGGGAUGAUUCGGAUUCGGAUCCUGACGAGCGUGGGAAGUGUAUGAUGAGUGGCAGUAGCUUCAAGAACCGCUUCGCGUUUGUUGAUGGGAGUGCUGUCACCUUCCACUUUUUGACGGAUGACGAUGGCACUGAUCCCGAGCGAAAGUUCGGCUGCCGUGCUUUCAUAGCAGCCGUGAAUGAAGAUUUUGAGAGCAGUGAUGUUGAUCCGCUUUUGAAAGUGCUUCCGGAGCUAGAUGCUGAUGCAGAGACGGCAGGCCGAAAGGCACAGGAAGGAACAACAGUUGAUCACGUCCUGCGGGAGAGCAGCAAGUCUUCCAAGCUGGACGAGAUGAGGCCGUUCCUCCUGGCAAUUCCUGGCUGGGUCAACUGGUUUGAUCCUCCUGCCGCGCGUCGUCUCGUGCGACUUGUUGCGACCAUGCUGGGAUCAAGCCAGAAGGCAGCACGCAGCCUCAAUGCUACCUCCGGAGCAAGCUCUUUUGCUCACACCCGUCGGCUCGUCACUUUGGCAACGAGCUCUCUGAGGUUCUUCUGUGAAGAUGCCUUGCAAGCAGUUCUUCAGUUGAUGUACCUGGUUGAGAAGCGCUACAAUAGAAUGGUGAUGCUGUCCAUUGUCCUCUCUUGCAGUGUUUCCUUUGCCAACUUUCUGAUGGCUUUGCCUCGAAGCUACAUCUAUGCUGUGUUCAGGCGAGCCCGCGGUACUCAUUUCUUGAACGACACCAUUUUGGUUUCGGGUGCCUUUGAAUCGGACGCCAAUGGGAUCUAUGAGCAAGAAGGUGACUAUGGCAUUUACAGACAUCGCGAGAAGCCUUUUGCAAUUUGCGGCAAGUGGAAUUUUGAUGCUGACAGGCCAGGUUCCUUGGGCUGGGGACUUCAUAAGAUCUCGGACAAAGGAGAUGUCAAUGAGUCUGAGCCGCUGUAUGAAGUGAACAACUGGGACAAUUGCCAUGAAGCUUGCUUGGAGGCUUUGGUGCCUGUAUUCGGUUGGGUACGGACCGGAGGAGAUUCGCCGGAAAGUAGUGAGCUCGAUCUCAGUAUUGUCCGCAAAGCUUUCCCGGUUCAAUGUGACACACUCAGAGUGUCGGCAUGUUCAGACCAUCCCGAUGCCGAAGGUGUUUAUUCAAGUUGUGGCUUCGGUAUGUACAAGCACACCCAACGCCACAGAUACUACAUCAGGCGUGUUGCCUUGCCACCAAAAACCUGGUCAUCGCAUUGGGAGCUUCUGAAGAAUGAGGGCGGUUCUACUUGGACCAAGCUUUUUGUCAACGAGGAAGCUGUGAGCAUGCGCCAUGGAGUGGAGGCCCCGUGGUCGAGUGGUACAGAGCAAGAGGGCACCAAAGCGACCAUGACGGUGGAGCAUAAAGACUCGCCCUUCGUAGACGAGCUGUGUGUGUACGGUGGUGGCAAGGAAGUGUGCAAUGGCAAGUUCUUCCAUUCUCCAUUUGCGAGGCUGGGUGAUUUGGAGGACGAGGAGGUGAGGCAGUUCGUCUAUUUUCAUGCAGAUAAUGAAGUUUUCCUGGCUGAGCGAUGCAUGGAUGAUGGCUCGAAACUGUGUGGGAUAAUGGAGGGUAAGGACGACGAGCCUUCCUUCGUCGGCAUCGGAAGCGCAUCCGAGUGUGCAUUUUUUGCACAAGAUCCCGAAGCUGCGCCGCCGCCCAGAGUUGUUCAAGUGAGCUGGUAA